AUGAUGCAGAAGCAGCAGCAGCAGCAGCAGCAGCGGCAGCAGCAGCAGCUGCUGCAGCAGCAGCAGCAGCAGCAGCAGCAGCAGCAGCAGCAAGAACAGGAUCUGCUGCUGCGUGGGGCUGCUGGGCCCUGCCGCCUAAACCCAUAUGAUGAUUCAGCUCUGGGCAAAUCAAAAGAAAGCCCCAAAACUUCCUUUACCUUUCUGCGCUCUGCAUGCACUACUCCAAGAACAGCUGUCGGCAGCAGCAGCAGCAGCAGCAACAGCAGCAGCAGCAGCAACAGCAGCAGCAGCAGCAGCAACAGCAGCCGCAGCAGUAACAGCAGCAGCAGCAAAGGCAGCACUCUCAGCAGCAAGAGCUUCAAGCAAACUUUGUUGAAGGAAUCCACAGACGGUGUUCGGCCUGCAGCAGCCACAGAGCCGGCUGCAGCAGCAGCAGCAACAGCAGCAGCAGCAGCAACAGCAGCAGCAGCAGCAGCAGCAGGGCAACCUCUGGACUGCCACCAAGAGAGGAUCAUCGUGCGGCAUUCCUUUAGCAGCAUCUCUAGCUGCACCCUCACCAGGAGCUCGCACGCUCAAGACUACGACGCCCGAAGGGGCAGCAGUCUGCUGCUGCUGCAGCAGCAGCUGCUGCAGCAGCAGCAGCAGCAGCAGCGAAAGCAGCAGGAGCUCGAGACCCAGCAAAGCCAGUCACCAAGGGCCAGGGCAGCAGUGCGCCCUGUUGGGGAAAAGGCUGGAGAGGCUCUGGGGGACUUCCCAUCUGUGGCUCCCCGUCAUAGCAGCAGCAGCAGCAGCAGCAGCAGCAGAAGCAGCAGCAGACAGCCUGGGCAGCACAUGUCUCAGCAGCCUCUGAAGGUGCUAGCUAAGCUGCUGCCGGCGCCGGUUAAGCCUCCAGUGAGCGGCAGCAACGGCAGCAGCAGCAGCAGCAGCAGCAGCGGAGAAAAGUUGAUGGAAGAUGAAGAAACUGAUUUGCUGCUGGUCUCUGAGGGGCUUCAGAGCUCUUUAGAAGACUGGGCACCCUGCGCACUGUAG